ACCCGGGGCUCCGGUACCAGAGAAUGAGAGAGGCACUAGCGAGACACCAGACAAGAAGACACUGGACCUGUCUGUCCUUUAGUUUUUAUUUCAAUUUCCUCGUUUCUCCAGGUAACUUUUCUUCUUCUUCUCCUUCUCUGCUUUUCCUCCCUGAUUUAACUUAACCACAGUAACCCAGGAGUACUUUUUGUUCCAGACUUGAAUAAUUGAUUCCUUUUUACUCCAGGUAUUUUUUCAUCUUCAGAUGUUCCUGCUCUUGUUUUACUUUAUUUGAAGUCUUCAGUCUUAUCUGUAGUUUUAGGCUGUGAGUUAUAGAUUUCAACGGGGAAGCCAGUGAUGUAAUGUUGCCUGUCUCUGGUAGUCAACUAUUGUAACCAUGACUACAACAACAGGGAUUAUUUGUAAAAGGAUGAGUGUGAGGAUGUGGUUUUGUAAGAGUUGUGAGUCAUUGUGUGCUUUAUGCCUCACAUUUGCUUGCAGAAGAGCCUUCUUAAAUGAGCUCUCUGAAAAUAAAACAUCUUGUACAAAAUCAAAUAUCAGACGGCAGCAAGUGUUGUUUCCUUUGUUUCCAAAAACCUGAGAGUGAGGAAACAACUGGAUAUGUGCUCCUUUUGCAUCCUCAACGUGUUUUUCAUGCCUUCUUUUUUCUGGAAGAGGAAGACAAUGGUGAUGUUUUUGUGUUUUUUGCGCCCCCAUCGCCUGUUACGCAACAUGUGGUCCAGAGCGCACCGCGGUCUCUUACCUGCUCUCCUCUCCUCUGCUUAUUCUCAGGUGUGUUAUAGUAGGAAAUAAGAUGGCCACAUCCGCCAGCGCCACGUUAAGUAAAGCUGUCAAGCAGCAGUACAUGGACCUCCCUCAGGGAGAUAAAGUUCAGGCCAUGUAUAUUUGGAUUGAUGGCACCGGGGAGGGGCUCCGGUGCAAAACCAGGACGCUGGAUUCUGAGCCCAAAAGCGUCGAAGGUAAUUAACCUCCUGAGUCUUCCCUAACGCUUUCUAACAAACUCAUGCAGUGUAGGUUAAUUCAUCCACCCUGCUCAUUUCCCUCCUCACUUUGCAGAGCUACCUGAGUGGAACUUUGAUGGCUCCAGUACUUACCAGGCUGAGGGCUCAAACAGCGACAUGUACUUGAUUCCUUCUGCCAUGUUUCGUGAUCCAUUCCGCAAAGACCCCAACAAGCUGGUCCUGUGUGAGGUGCUGAAGUACAACGGCAAACCUGCAGGUAACUAAGAGGCUAAGAACCCAAGGAAACCUGUACUGUAUGAAAUAAUGAAAUACGUGAAAAGAGGGGAGCCCAUAAAUCUUAUCAUAUUUGUUUUUGUCAUUUUAUAUUCAUACAAAACAAGUUUCUAACUUAAAUUAAUCUUAAAGUAUUUGAUAUUUAUUAUAUAAUUAAAAAUGGCACACAUGCCUUCACAUAUAACCAGGUGUGCAGUCAUACACAGUCCUUAUCACAUGCAUGCACUCUUUCAUUCUGCACACUCAUUCAUGCACACUGAUGCACACGUCCAGAAGCAAUGGCAUGUAAAACGUGGAGCAGAAACUGAAACUAAACCCUUUUUAAUUUAAUAUAGCUUCAUGUGAUGUGAACCCUAAAACUAUAUUUUUUAUAAUGUGCUUUACUAAUUAGAUGACAGUAGUUUGCAGAAUUAGUCAGAGUUGGUAAUGUGACAUUUUUCCUGCAGAGACCAACCUUCGAAUCACAUGUAAGAAGGUGAUGGAUAUGGUGGAGGACCAGCAUCCCUGGUUUGGCAUGGAGCAGGAGUACACCAUCCUGGGCACAGAUGGACACCCCUUUGGCUGGCCAUCCAACGGUUUCCCUGGACCACAAGGUGAAAUGAGGACACGAUUAUAUGUGCGUUCGUUUCCUGCUUUGAGACAUGGGCAGUUGUGUAACUAUUUGCAUCUUUGCAGGUCCAUACUACUGUGGUGUGGGAGCUGACAAAGCCUAUGGCAGAGACAUUGUGGAGGCCCAUUACAGAGCAUGUCUGUAUGCUGGGGUGAAGAUCUGUGGUACAAAUGCAGAAGUUAUGCCUGCUCAGGUAAGAAUUAUAACUAUAAUAAAAUCUUAAUGCAUAUUUUGGAUUUUUCAGGUUUUUUAAGGUGUAAGCAGCUUUGAAACUGAGCUUGUAUUUGGAUCUUUUUCGUGUUUAGUGGGAGUUCCAGGUUGGACCCUGUGAAGGAAUUGACAUGGGUGAUCAUCUGUGGCUGGCACGCUUCCUUCUGCACCGCGUUUGUGAAGAUUUUGGUGUCGUCGCCUCAUUUGACCCCAAGCCGAUCCCUGGUAACUGGAACGGCGCUGGCUGCCACACCAACUUCAGCACCAAGGAGAUGAGGGACGAUGGUGGAUUGAAGUGAGUGUCCAAACAUCAUGAGACCAACUUCAGAGCUCUGGAGUGAUUUUCAAUUUUCUAACCUAUCUUGAAAAUUCUGUUCUUUAGGGCCAUCGAAGACUCAAUUGAGAAGCUGGGGAAGAGGCACCGCUACCACAUCCGUGCCUAUGAUCCCAAAGGGGGCCUGGACAACGCCCGCCGUCUCACCGGCCACCAUGAGACCUCAAACAUCAACGAGUUCUCUGCUGGUGUCGCCAACCGCGGCGCCAGCAUCCGCAUUCCUCGCAGCGUCGGCCAGGAGAAGAAGGGUUACUUCGAGGACCGCCGUCCAUCUGCCAACUGUGACCCGUACGGCGUGACCGAAGCCCUGAUCCGCACCUGUUUGCUGAGUGAAGAGGGAGAUGAGCCCACGGAAUACUAGACCUGCAACUCAUAGACUGACUCCCACUGCCCUCUUGACUUUCUUUACUUUAAGCUAGUACUGUAUUUUUUUCUCUCUCCCACUGAGAUGAUUUUAACCUGCAUUUUAAUGGUUGGAUGGGCAACUUAAAACCAUGACAAGGUAAUAUCUGUGGUAGCUACGAGCCGGUAUGGCAGGGUACGUCUUUUCCCUUGUCUUUAGAGAAGGGAUUGACUUUUGUAACACUGUUUUAUAGCCCAUGUCAUAUCUUUCCCUUUUCGUCUGUUGGUGACUAAAAUGAACUAAAGCACACGGACACUGAAGACUAGAGCUGCUGAGGCUGGGCAGCAUGUUUAACUUUAAUAAAUUUGACUAGUUCAUGUACUGUUAAUAUAUGUGAACCUGCCUUUUUCAACUGUCCAGUCUUCAAUGUUACUAAUUCUUUUGAUUUUAUGAAGUGUCUAUUUUUAAAUGGCAACGUUUGAUGUCUUCAGAUUUUUUUUUUUUUUUUGACACACUGGGUCAACUUGUGUGGUACAAUUUGUAGAUGUCUGUACCCAGAUGUAUUUUGUUCAAAUGUGGUUGAUAUGUCCAUAAUGCCAUUUGUAGAUUUCCUCAAGGAGUUUUAUCCUUUUGUUAACUGCGAUAUUGUAAUGCACCUGAUUUGGUAAAACAUCAUGUUUACUGAACCUGGUGUUUUUUAUUGAUACAUUUAAAACUUUUAUUUUUAUCACAACAUGUCUGUGCGACUCUUGACUUUGAAGGAGGAGCUGAUGUAGCAGCAAUUCAGCCAAAAUGAGGCAUGAAGCUUCAGCUUGUUAUCUUUUAGUACAGACCGCUUGUUAUCUUCUAGUACAGACCUCUAUCAUAGCAACAGAACAUGGUAACUACACGUCACAUGCUAACUUUCUCACAUCUUACACUUAGCUGGUUUAGUGUUGUCAUCCCCAUACAGAGCUACACUAGGGUCCUCAGGGCUGUAUGUUACCAGACAAACAGAAAUAGUAUUCUUAUACUCAUUCAACUCUUAAUAAGAAGACAAAUGAGUGGCUUUCCUAAAAUUAGGUCGCAGCACAUUGUCUCUUCUGCCUGCCAAGAAGCACCAGCUUGUUAUCAGUUUAGCCACGACUUAAUGACUCAGAAGUCCAAAAUUUGGAGUCUGGGUUUCAGUUCUUCAGCUAGUUGCUUAAUGGUUUUAAAGGCAUACACCCGGUCUGUAAUUAUUACAACUUAACAACAACCCUGUCAUUUCACAAGUACAAUAAUUAAAUUAUAAACAGAAAUACUUCAGUUGUCUGCAGGGCCGUUUCAGCCUGUUCUCCAUCCUAAAUGCAUAAACACUCCCUCUUGUAAAAGCUGUUCAAACAGCUGGUGACAUGGCAGAGUGCUGUGAGCAGUAAACACUCAAAAUCACAGAAUGAGCUGAACCUUCAGGUUCCUCCAGUAAAGGCUGUCUCAGUGUGCUAUACUGAUGCCAAUGUUUUGAUGUUUGAGAAGGUGAUAUCUUGGCAGGAUGUAAACAGCGGCUCAGUGAAGGCUGGGCUUUUGGACCCUGUGGGACAUACCUGGAAACUGGUGUUUACGUUUUAGACUGCCAGAAGUGCUCGCUUAUAAUGAUGAUUCAGCCUUAACCUGUCCGAAUCCUGUUACAAACUAGUAAACAAACAACACCGACAUGUUGAAACAUCAGCCUGUCCACUAUGUUUGUUAUACAGGUUCAGCCCAGUUGAUUUCACAGUUUCCUACAAGAAAUGGUUUAAUGGAGACAUAGUGUAAGUUGAGUUGGAUUAAGGGGUAAAGUGCUUAUGCUAAGUUUUCUCAAAUGUCUGAGGCUACACAUUCCUCUCUCUGGUGUUUGUGACAAAACACUAUGCUGGUCAUAACUGCUGACUCAGCAGUUUUCAAGUCAAAGCUGUCUAUAGGAGAGAGUUCAGACUUACAGUAGGAAAUGUCACAGAUAUAUAGCAGAUGAAGGAGGUGUCUCGUCUGUCAGAGAGACAAGAACACAAAGAGACAUUUCAGUUACGGUUCACAAGUAGUGUCAUUGAACGUCAACAUUUACUUCUGCUGUACUCUCCCUGCUAAGGGGGAAGGGAAACAACUUUGCUGUGGGACCUUUGCCCUAUUUCCCAUCUGCAUCAACAGCAGAAGCUGGCUCAGCUCAGACAGACCCUGUAAAGUUGAGACAAGUUUAUUCCUGUUUCAGAGACCUGAUGCCAGCACAUGUACUCUAAGUUUGUUUUGGUUGCUUAUUUUUUGGGUUCAUAUCUGCCGGCUCUCUGGCCUUAAAACUUUGCUCUGUUCAGGGUUCAUUGAGUGUUUUUCGGAUUUUAGGAAUCAAAAACAGCAUGCAAAGUUGAACUUUUAUGCAACGACAAUAAUGCCUUCAAGUGUUCUAGGAAGUGAACAGAAAAACAACUGGCUUAAUCUGGCACAAAUAUUUAGCGUGCAUGCUUGUUUCAGCCCACAUACUUCAACUGUUUCGCAAAACGGCCACAAAAUAGUGCCAAGACACUAAAUUAAACCUCCACAGAGUGCUAUCUUGCUUUUCUUCAGGAAAAAAGGAAUCAAAACGAAACCCUGACAGAGACAACACAUUCAAGACUUGAAUUUAUUGCAUGCCAAGCACGGUUACAGGAAAAUUAAUCUGACCCACAUACUGUGUUACAGUCUGUCAUACCCAGCAAAACUUCACACACACCCAGAGGCAAAUGGGAACACUGUGUUCCCUCCCAAAACCCACCCACCUUUGCCUGUCUUUUUAAUAUCCUUUUGAUCCAAACAUUACCGAAAGGAGAUAUCUGAAAGACAGUGAAAGCUGUUAAUCUCAAUCACUGGCUCUAGCUUUGCUUCUGUUUCUAUAAAAACUGGAUAGAUCCGGUGUAAUCAGCUCCUGAUUGAGUGUUGUCUUCUCCUUAUUUAUCACUUGGUGUUGUAACGGCAUUUGCAGGAUGUGGGGAGUUUACCACCUCACUACGACGUGUGAAAAGCGCCUGAUGGCAUUCAGUUACCAUCUAAAAAAUCCCUUCCACUUCCUCGCUUUCAAAGCUCAAUUAAAGGGGGGCUUUUAAUUUGCAUGCAGAAUCCAAACUGCCGUCGCCUGGGAAGCUUGAAUGAAGGGGAGACACUGGACAAAGGAUGGAGAGAGAGGGAUGCUGCCCUGUUGCUAUGACAACCACCGGAAUGUACAGGCUGGAUCCUGGUGGUUCUUGUGCGGAGUGAGAGAAAAAAAAAUCUAUGUUAUGUAAGAAGGGGGAAAACAUGAAAUGGGGUCUCAUAAAUGGAGCUGCACAAUUACCCCCUUGGCCAAACACAAUGUUUAGAUGCUAGUCAGUUAGCAUGCGAUCACAGUGUGGCAUCAGAGCAGUGCAAAUGCCCUCUAGCUCUGAACAUAUGAACACGUCUGUGCAUGGGUUUGAAAAUAAUGACUGUCAGCUGAAGUAAUCUUACAUAAACAAGCAUGUGAAGCUGCAAGGGAAACAUCACCUGCAAUGAGCAUCAAUCAUUUUUAAAAGUUGUGGCUUUGCUGCAAGUGGAUGCACCGUAAUGAUUCUCCUCACUUGUGCUGCGUUGUUGUGUAACAUCAUACUAGUUCAAACCAGUAUUGCCUCUUCUUUCCACAGUGUGACACAGAAAAGAGGAACUCUGUAUUCAAGUGAUGAUUUAGGAUGGGCAAGGGGAUGAUCAAAAUUGCAAAACAGCUAAAAGUGGAAAAUUGAGAUGUAUUGUUAUGUAAAAUAAUGUUAAGAAAAAUAAAAAGAAGAGAGGAAGAGUCACAAGAGGACAAAACUAUCGAAUGACUCAUUUAAUAGGUAAAAAACAUGCACUAGAUGAUUUUAGUCAAGAGUGAGCCUGCAGAGAGAUUACUACAGGGCUUAGUGAUAUAAAAUAUGCUUUAUUUUUUUCACAUGAACCCCAAAUCUCAUUAAAAUUUUCAUUUACCACACAGAACUCAAAGGUAACCCUCCUGUGUUUACACGCGAGGGGGAAGUGCUCAUGCUAUACCAGCUCUCGCAAACACAUGUGAGAACCCAACCCUGUCUGCAGGGCUGUGACUAACAAGCUGCAGCAUGUUUACAUCCACAGCCUGCAGACGGUUUGGUUUAUCACACAGAUGCUGUGCCCCCAAACUAGAUGCGUCCUGAUUGGCUGAGCUUUCUGGUGUGAUUGGGCUGAUAGGAGAGCCCCCUUAGCGUGUCAUUGUUACCUGCACUGUGAUUGGUCACACCAUUAUGUCUGACACAGUGACACAGUUUUGAUUUUACCGCUGCAGCACAGGCAUGUUGGAAAGGCACAUUGAGAGUAUGCUGAACAGAUGUGCAGUGAGGAGGAUAAAGGCUGAAUGAAUAAAAGGAGAAAGAAAGAUGCACGACACAAUGUUUUUAGAGCUUUUUUAUCAUAUGCUUUUGCAAGUACAAUGUGAAUGUGGAAAAAAUAGGCGUCUGCACAGUCAAAAAUUUGGGGAUUAGGAUGUUUUUUGCAGGAUGAGGUUGUUCAUGCAUCCUCUUCCACAGUUCCACUCGAGCUUCUUAACAGAUACUGUGCUGAAAUUUCUCGCAUGGAUUGUUUUUGUGCUUAGAAUUAGUGCAAUCAUGUCUUUUACACAAGCAGCUACCCAUGCUUAAACGUUCCCUUAUUCUCAGCCGUUACUAAAAACAAACCUCCAUCUAUAAAAACACACAGGGUAACCUGAGUGUGGCUGUGAUGUUCAGCUCAUAGACAGCUCCGCUCACAAACAGUUCUGCUCUGUUUCAUCAAAGUUCAAACAGUCCAGCACAGCGUAUCCCAUGACUUGAAUAGUUGGCAGUCGAUGGCCAGAUGCCAGCACUCUUUCAGCUCUGAAUUCAGUGGAAGUGCUCCCCUCCCCCCCUAACAUCUCCUGCUGGUCUAUCUGCAGGGGCUGUUCUUUCUUUAACACAAAACAAAGGAUGACCACUGCACCCCCCACAAGUCCCUUUUCAGUGUAAUUUUCCAUAUCCUGACAAGAAAAGAAAACUGAGGAAGCUUUUUCUACAAAAUGUUCAAUGUAUGUACUGACUGAUUGAAACAUACAGAAAAGUUCAAACUUGAUCAAAAUGGUAUAUUUUCUACAUGAUGACAAAAAACUACAAUGAUCAUUGAAAACUUGUUUGAGCUUUAUUGUCAUAUUUACCCUGCAAAGACACAAUAUCUAUACAAAUCAAUUAAAAAUAUGUUGAUACAAAUCCAGAGAGCUCAUAUUGCAGCACAAGUGAAAAGUGUGUAAAAAGGUUAUCAGCAAUAUGGCGUAUUACAGUAUACAUUGUAUUGUUGUAGAGUCACAUGGAAGCAGUACAUUACGUAAAGACUGACCCACAAACAGGUCCAGGUUUUGUUCAGCUGUGUGGGGGCACUCAACGGACAUUUAAUAUACCCCUGCUUUGCAACAUAAGUCAGACAUAUUGACCCAGUUUAUAUAAACUCAGUCGGCCCUGCCAAAAUGUACAUAUCAAAGUCCAAAAUGUGCAGAGAGGACAGAUUUGGACGGUGCAAAACCAAAGUUUGAGUCCAUGUGCUGAUCUCUGAAAGAGGACUUCUUUUGCCCAUUACUAAACCCUCCAUGCUGGUCACGGCUGAGCAUUUAAGAUCUAAAACUGUUCCACAUUAAGAGUCAUGUGCUGAUAUUGACAGUCACGGACUAAAAAGCAAGGCAAGUUUAUUUAUAAAGCAGUAUUCAUAUGUAGCACAAUGUAUAGUGCUUUACACAACAAUGAUAAACCCCACUAAAAGAUGUAUAAGAUGAUCAAUGAGGCUGAUAAACAAUAAAAAUGAGUUCUGCUUUCCAAAUCCACAAUUCUUUUGAACAGCAAUGUUUUAAAAAAAAUCUUUUUUCAAAGAAGUCAUUGAAACAAAAAUCCUGGAAAUUGACCUUUGAUGGAAACUCUGGUAUUGUAAUUCCGAAAAUAAGUUUUAAAAAGUGCUUCUUGUUUUGGAUUAUUGUGCUUGGUUACUGUGCGCACGCCCUAUGUCAUCACUUCAAGUAGAUAGCAAAGAGUGAGAGACAGAUGACGUGGUUUGGAAGUCCAGGGUGUGUAACUUCCUCUUAUGGGUCAGUCAUCUGUUCAGUAAAAACAGGAACAGCAUUACUUGCAUGUGUGGUGGUUUAGGGAGGUGCUAAAGAGUGCUGAUAUUUCUACAGCUGGGAACAUAAAGUACACUUAUCGGCUUUGCUUGCAGACAUGUGCUGCUACCUCAGCUCCUGCAGACGCUGUACAUUAGCAAACUAAAGCUGACCUCGAUCCAAUGCUGACUACUUAAAAUACUGCUGACCGCAACUCACAAGACUUCUUUUUAAACAUGACCUUUUCGUAAUGAGACACAUGAGUUUGUAGAAGUACUCUGGAUCAACAAGUGAUGAUGGUCAAACUGUAUUUCAUUGUGUGACCAUGGCAUGUCACUUGCUCUCUCCCUUGCACGGGUUUUGCUAAAGGGCUGAUCGUGCUGUCGGCCAAAUAUUUAUAGGAAUCAGGUCAGAGAAAAAAAAAAACAACCACACAUUCUUGAGCAUCAUGCGGCGAGAGGGGUCAUCUUCGAUCAUCUGUUUGUCUUGCAGGAAAACAGAACAUCCCAACAUGCAAAAUGUGAAAGAAUGCAGUGAAAAACAAAGUGUGGAAAAAUCGGGAACAUGCACAUGUAAAUGCCAGGGGUAUUUCAAGUGCAGUGAGGUGGUUGGGUUUGUUCUUAAAACUACAGAACAAAAGGAGGUGAAAUUUGCUUACUCAGUACCUGAUAUCAUCUUAUAUAAUGAGCUGUGCAAACAAGGCCUGCCCAAACAUGUGCCUGUUCAGUCCCAGCUCCACACUGUCAUCUGUCCAGCUCUGUUUACAGACCAUCUGAUGCACUUGUCCUCAGCUGUAAGGAGGAUCUGUUUGAGAGGUUGCCAAAAGUGUAUCCUGACAAGAUAUCUGUGUAACACCAGUCAGAUAGAACUGAUGCUGCAAUCUGAUCAUUGGGUGAACACGUUUCAUACGGCUGCGAAAUAAAAAUAGCAGUGUUUAUCCUAAAGGCUUUGCACCGCUUCUCAAAGGUGGCUUACAAAAGAAAAUUAGAUGUGUGGUACACAGACGCACACAUAAAGGUACAAUACUCGUCUGAUUGUGACUUAUAAAAGGAGGAAAAUUAAUUGUUCACAUAAAAACAAAACUCCUGAAAACUUGGAUUUUUCUGGCUGGGCUGCAGGUGUGAACACGGACAGAUUUCCCCCCCUUUUAUUUCUCGAGACACUUUCCUGCCAGUGCCCGAGGGAAAAUUUCCACAGCAGUGAGUGAGCAACCAGUGAGUGGGAGGAAGUGAUGACACUUACAUCGUACGAGUGGUGCAGGAUUAUACCUUGCCUCCGAAGAGCACAACCCUUUCUCCUCUCCUCUCAUCUGACAUGGAAAAGUUUGUUUUGUGAGGGACAUGUGUGGAAAAAAACUUGGGUGCAGACACUUGUGAAAACUUCUACAACAGAAGUACCGUUAGAAAGGGGCUCUCGAUGUUCAGCUGUGGUUGAUUAAGGCAUUCGAGAGUCUUUCGCGGUGAAUUCAAUUUGGAUUUUGAAUGUUUAGGUUGUACUUUUGUAUUAAUGUGCUUUGUUCCUUGAUAAUACAUGGAGUUCAGUUUGUUUCUGUGGUACGUUAAGUAACAUGUAUUUCAGCGAUAUACCAAUAUACCACAGCAGAUGUUUUUCUGCUGUCAUAUUAGCGUUAUCGGUUGUCAAAGCUGUGUCAGAAUUAUUAGUAACUCACUUGGAAAUUGUCCUGUCAUCCUAUCUUCUUACUCAUAUAUAAGAUCUCCGGCAGCUAUUGAUGACAUCCUUGUUAUUCGUGUGUACACACUUGACAAUCAUCCAGUUGAUAAAUAAGCUGUGGUUUCACGUCUAUAUUUAGACAAAGGUGUCAUUUUUCUAAGCUCACCAAGCCUGGUCAACGCCUUAAUGGUUCACUCCUAAACUAAUCAUCAAGUUGAUUGUUUCCUGCCGCAAAUAUCUGUAACUAUUAGUAUAACAGCCACUGCUACAGGGAUAAUAUGACUCAUCUCCACACUCACCACAUUUGUUGACUUACCAAACCUGUUGAGUUUAAAUUGCAGUGAGUCACUCCAUAAACACCCUUGGUUAGGUCAAUAUGACAUUUUAUCUAGUACUGUUUAAAUGUAGGACACUCAUAUCCAUAUCUUAGGAUCACGCACACAUAUAUUCAGUAUGGCAGAUUUCUCUUUCUUGAGUUACCAAGGUUACAGUUGGUACUUCUACACUGAGAAAAAAGUAUUGCCGAAAGGAGGGUUAAACUGAUGGGGAUGACAAGCAGGAACAGGCUCCAUGUGUCAUGGUACUCCAUGACCCAUUUUUCUUUGAGUUUUACUGUAUUUUUUAUGCAUUCAUUAUGAAAUGAUAGGACAGCGGACAGAGCAGAAACACAGAGAGGGAGAAAGAGUGGGGAGUGAUGCAAAGGAAAGGAGAUGCAGGUUGGAAUCAAACCCACCCACUAGAUGACUAUAGCCUGUGUUCAUUGGAUGUGUGGUUUAACCAGUAGGCAGAACCGCCAUCCCCAGCUACAGCCAUGGUAACGUUACUCCCUGGUAUUAAAAUUUGCUGCUUUUCUUUGUAAACUAUGGGUGACGUGUUUGCUCUUCUCUGUUUACUCUACAGGUCGAAAGCACAUCAUUCAAAGUUCUAAAAUUGUAACAUUUUACUUUUGCAGUUGUCAUUUUUGUGUGUUUUUGACUUUAAAUUUACGAGGUAUUUGGAGAGUUUGCACCUUUUAAUUUCUAAUAUUAGCAGUUUAUUUUUAUCAUGGCGUUUGCUCUGCACUUGAGCAUGUGUCUUCGAAUUUGGAUUGUAUGAGCAUUUGCAGCAUGUUUCUCAACAUGAAGAUCAUUCAGGAUGUCACAGAUCCCCUCCUCUUGACAGCCAUCUAAUCAAAAACUCCCUACAGGGGCUUUAAAUAAAAUUACAGUAGACAGUACAUUGUAAGGUUCAAUGUUUAUGAUUCCUUGAAAAAUCUGAUAUCUUUGUAUUUUGAACUGUAGCAGAAGCAAAUAGCAAGAUAGUGCUACACUGACAAUGCGUGGCGUAAAACAAAACUACUGCAAACUUACCCUAAACUAAGCUAUCUUGGCUCUGGGAAAUAUGUGUUACUGUUACUACUGUUACUGUUACUAAAGUGAACAGUGAUAACUGCUACCAUAACAACUGUGAAACCAGGCAACAACAACAAACAAAAAAAUAUAGGAAGUGUUCAUUAAAGUAGACUUCAAUAGUGUUUCAGGAACUUGUAACAUGUACCUAAAAAGUACAUGCUAGUGUUCCUAGGAGUACACCUUUUCACCUCCAUUCACAGAAAAAACGUUGCAUGUCCCGUUGGGAUUAAGACGGGACUGACAUCUUUAUAAGUCAAUGGACGGUUGUGGUCUAUGUGAACUUCCUAAGAGCCAGAGAUCUGCAGCAGGACAGAGAGUAAAAGAGUAAAACACUCUUUGUUCAGUCAUCCAUGUGCUUCUAGUCCUGACCAGUUAAGACAGGAGAAGCCUGUUUGUCAUUUUCCUAUUGAACACCUCAUACUAUUGUUUACAGGCAUAACAAAGGGAAUGCUUAUUCUUCCAGGAUUCAUUGUGACCUGAUUUUCACCUCUCUUUAAACACACGCACAGACACACAUGCACACAUGUUGCGCAGUGCCACACACUCUUGCUACUUCAAGCUGGGCUGUACUCUGGUGUGUUUACCAAGUAAGCUCAUUAACGUUAGAGAAACAGGAACAAUCCACGUUGUCAAAGUUUUUCUUCUUCAUCAAAUUCAAUUAUUCAGUUUGCCUGGCCUUGUUCUAGAUAAGGCUCAUUAUAGUGAGAUGGAAAUUAAAGGGAUUAUAUUAAUUUGAUCUUGAUUCUGUUUGUUUUGGCUCCACAUGCAGAUAAAACAGGUUAAUGUUAUAUAAGGUGACCAGAUGACUGGGUGAGCCAGAGAAGCAGGUGAGGUGACUUUCUAAUGGUAAAGGGAUUAAAUGCUAUAAACGCUGAGAAGCCAGUGUAUUGUGUUAGUAGAGGUUUGUUCCAUGGUGAUUUAAUUGUUCCACAUUCACAGCUUUUAUUAUUCUGUUUAUUACCCCAAGCAAUCAAUCUAACUGUCUGUCUACAGUAAGUUUAUGAGUCGUCAUGUUGUAGAUUAUAACACAGCAAAUCAAACAUGGUGGUAAGAAAUCAUUUAAUUACUUAGACUAUUAAUUAAAGCUCCAGUGAUUAUGAAACAGACUCAAAAGGACAAUGAUGCAUCUCUGUGAGGUAAAAAAGCAAAUAUGACCAAGACUUACAAUUUUUUUAUGCUAAUUUUUAAAGUCUGCUACUGCUGAGAGGGAGUAGAUACGCUGAAGAAACAACUUACGUAACUUUUCCCAGACCAUAUAUUCAUUAAAGGGAAAGUAGAAGGAGAUUUUUUUGUCAAUUAAAACCCUUUUAACAGGGAUUCAACAAAAGCAGCAACAAGAAAAGUGCAACCUAGAGAAUUUCCCAGUUUGGGAUCAAUAAAGUACAUCUAUCUAUCUAUCUAUCUAUCUAUCUAUCUAUCUAUCUAUCUAUCUAUCUAUCUAUCUAUCUAUCUAUCUAUCUAUCUAUCUAUCUAUCUAACCACUUUGUUCACAGGGGGCGCCAUAAUCAACACAGACAAAAAGUUCCUUUUAGGUGCUUUAAAAUACUGCAAUGCAAGCUCUUUAAAAACAACAACAGCGAACCAUGACAGCAGCUAAUUAAUUCUCAAUGGCAAAAGCGACACCAGGGAUUUCAUUUCAUAAUUUACUUCUGCCUGUGGCAAGGAAAGUUGGUCUCCAUCUCAGGAUGGUCUUGAGGGUUAGGAAAUAAUAAAGUUACUGAGCACAUAAGCUGUGACAGCAGCCUGAAGAGAUACUGAGCCCAUGAAAAGUGGAGCAACAUCCUGUCCAGAGAUGAGGCAACUGCAGAAGAGCAUCUCAGAGGACAGAGAUGUUUUUGUUGUGUAGCUUUGCACUGGCUGGGUUAUGAGCAUUAUUGUAAAUAUACUUGGCUGUAAACUAUGGGAGUUAUUUGAGCAUACCUCCACAGGGCAUGCUAUAUAGCUGUAAACACCCACCAGAUGUAUGAGAUAAAAACACAAACAUGGGGACAUUUUAGGAGGUUAUUCCUGUGUCAAUCAAGGCAGAAAAAACAACAAUUUUAUACAACAAAUAUUAAUGGUUUGUCAUUAAAUUGAGUGCAAACAUUUAUCAUCUGCAAAAGGAUGUAUACUCUAAGUUCCAUAAACCGGAAGUAAGUUUUUCUCAAUAACAGUGCAAAUAUAUUUUUUGUUAAGGAUUUGUUGCAUAAUCUACCAUCUACUCCCCCAAUUUAGUUUAAAAAAACAGCAAUAAGAAAGUCAUUAUAAGUAAUCAAUAAUAACUGACUGCCAUUAAACUUCGUUUGGUCUCUAAUAUUCAUGUUUUGAUGAUUUGUCACAUGUUGAUUAUAGCCUAACUUUCCUCAGGCACCAACUUCAGGUAAAAUUUUAGUUGUUCUUAUAAUUUGUCAGCAAAAAAGAACCACAUCCUUCACUAAGACCGGUGAAGCUCCCAUCUUUUACAGUUGCUUUUGUCGUAGAAAGUUGGAUGUUCUCAUGUUGAUUAGUGAUAUCAAUUACUUUUUAAAUAUUCUUACUAUAUGGCUGUAACACUAAGAAUCACUACAUUAAGCCUGUAAGUGGCCAAACACACUCCAUAAGUGGAUGUAGAGUUGAGUGCUAGUAACCUAAUUAAGACGACUACAGACAUGACUGUUUCACAGAUGUCGAUGAAGAUGAUUGGCUGAAAUAAAUCCAAAAUUGUAGUACAGAUAGGUGACAUAGACGCCAAAAUACAUAGAAAAUAUAGAGAAAAAUCAAAGUUAUAACUUACCUUCUUUAAUUUAGUUUUUGAUUUGAGUAUCAUAAAUAAUGAACAAACUUAAACUUCACUUUGCAUACACACCUCUGUAUUAGUGAUCAGCUUUUUCCAAGGAAAAACAAACUCCCUCACAUUUCUCAUUCUUUGUGAUAAUUACAGACUAUACGGCGACAGAUGUACCGGGAUCCUCCCUGUUAGUCAAACAGAUAUCUGAUCCUUCCUGUCAGAUCAUACCUUAAAGAUACAUUAAACUGUUAAUCCCAAAAUGGAAAGGUGUGUGUGUGUGGGGGGGAUUAUCCUGCUGAGUAUCUCACACCUUACAUAACCCUGUGGUGUCAACAGGUGAUAAAAUCAAACCUGCAACAAACACAGAAGUUAAAAUAUUUUGAAUAAUGACCCGCACUGCUCCCGUGUUUACAUCUGGUCUUGUACCGGCGAUGUUGACCCACACUGGGAUUAUGCAAUCUCUCGGAGGUAUAGGCUCCAUGCAUGUGAGAGAGAGAGAGAAAGAGAGAGAGAGAGAGAGAGAGAGAGAGUGUGUGUAUGAGCUACAACAUAUGAGCAACAGACUUUACGCACACAUGAUUAGGCAUGAAAAACACACUGACCCUCUGUGUAAGGCAGCUGGAGUUUGAACUCCCUCACAUAACUGUCAUCUCCUCAACCACUCAUGUUUACACAACCCUAAAUAACAUGCUUUGUGCUGUAAUUACUCCUGUGUGAGACAUAAAAGACAAUGCUCACAUGAUGACCAUAACUUCAUUAUUACAUAAUGAUCACAGCCAAGCAAUUUCCCACCAAUCACUCCUCCAGUUUCUGUCAGUUUAUUCCCUCUUGAGUUUAUGCCCAAAUUCAGUAAGAGUUUCACUUCUGUACAGUUUAAGUAGAGGCUUUAACAUGAAUGCUGGUUCACCAAUAGCAGGGUGGGGUUUACGGUUUCUGCGUCUUUGAAAACAGUUGUGUAACAGCCUCUGUUGCUAUGAAAGAGAUUCGUUUCCAAGAGAAGUCUUAGACAGUUCUUUUGGUUUUGGCUCACAGACAGCAAAUGUACUAUGCGGCCUAUGUGGAUUUUCCGUCGCAACGCAGACUGUUUGUAUAUAGAUGGUUGGAUUACAUGACACAGGGUUGAAAUAGGCGAUACAAAUCAACAUUUUAGCAUUGUCAUACCCAUUUUUCAGAGCCAGAUUUGUUGCCCCUCUGUCUCAGCAUAACAAGCAAAGAGGUAAGUGUGUGUGCAUGUGUGUGAAGCUCCUACUUAAAGGGAUAUUCCAGCGUAAAAUUGAUUUAGGGUCGAACACACCAUAACACCGAGUUAGACACCCCCUCGAGAGAUGAAUGUUGCCUACUGCUUGCUUCUCUAGUUAUACCAACUUUAGUAGCGACCGCACGACAGCAUACAAGGUGGUCUGAGGAGCCGUAAACAGACCUCAACCAAAACACCACUCUAUAGCCACAAAUAAUGCUCAGAACAGCACCUAACUUCAUCAACAGUACACACAGGGUCCCAGCCAUAGCAUUAGCCAUCAAAAAUCUUUUUAACUUUGCCUAAUUUCUUUAGCAAAGAGACUAAACACAACUCACCUACUCUAUUCCAGCAGCCGCUUGUUUUUUAGCAAGACCUCGGGCCAGUCAAUUAUGGAUUGCUGCGGGGGGACGCAGCUCAAGGAAGAACAUUUAUGAUCAUUUCUUUAUCAUUUCCUUGAAGUAAUAAUCACCAUAUUAAUCAUUUUGCACUGCAGAUGCAGUAGUUUUUCUACCAUAAUGUCUCAGUCUGAUUGCAUUUCAAUAGUUCCAUCUACCGUAACAAUGACAAUCAGAGUAUUCUGGUCUAUGGUUCUCUGUAUUGAUAAAGAUGUCAUGCGAACCAGCCAAUGAACUAGUUUUGAAGUUGUUAUCUAGUAGACUGCGGUUUGCUGUGUUAUUGCAUACUAUUCUUAGGGUCUUCUAUCUACUGUAUAUGAAAGCAUUGUUAGCUUAGGUGUCAGGUCAGAUAAUGACUACGUGAUUUACACUCUCCACCUCAGCAAUCAGGUCAUGUAGACUUGAUAUGAAGGAUGGAAAACUUUGAUAACAUCUGCCUGUCUGCUUGCUCUGUAGAUAAGAGACUUACAGAGACUAUAUGAGGAUACCUGCUGUGCAUCAGCAAGUUGCACUGCAAGUUGCAAUAAUGCAACAGUCCUGUGCGUCCUGAAAACUCACAUGACUGUACUAAAGGAGCACAACUAAGAGGACACGCUUUUCUGUUAUAGGGGAGAAAGGUUUGUCGUGGCAUUAUCUCUGCAAAGUAAUUUUCUGGUGAAAGUGGAAAUGUGAUUUACGCAAAAGAUGUAUUUCGCUGUAGUUUAUUUUUUAUUGCUAAAUAUGACUAUUAUGUUGGAGACAUUUCAAACACUGGAAGUUGAUAUUCUGGUAAAACAGUCUAAAUUUCGACAUUUAAUAAAACUAGGUUAAGAAAAGUCUCAUCAAUGUCUUCUUUACCGUGGUGAGUUGUCAGUACUGUGUUAAACCAUAUAUGUAAUCGAAUGUUAGACCGUUUACAUAAAAUUUUAAAAACAUAUCCUUUACUUUGUACAUCUAAAACAUAGUACAUCUAUUGGAAAAUGAUGAGUCUAUAUAAGCUAUGAUAAAUGUCAGUGUGACAUCACUCUUUUUGUUGUGAAAAUCACACAAACUCAGUCUCUAAUCUUUGUUCCCAUCAAGCACUGAUUCAGAUCCCUGAGGCAGACCGGUGCUGCUGUGUUGCAUAAUUACCGACAGUGUGUUUGGGUGAGAGAACCAUCUCAGACAGACAAAAGCACACACACUCUCACACACAAGUACACAUGUAUAUGCUGGCAUGCCAAUGCACGCAUGCGGCUCACUCCACCUUUUGUUCCUACAUCACCCUGCACAUCACCAGAGAGCAAAUCACUCGCUAAACACUUGGGUCUCCCUCUGACCCAGAGAUUCAACAAUGAUUACACGAAAGCAGCACCCUCUCCACCCCCACCCCACACACACACCCUGAGCUCCUGUAAGAUUAAGCUGCGAUCAUGUAUCUGAUGGUGCCACACCAAGUUUCCUACUGCUAUUAGUCUGCUGCAAGGCCUAAUCCCAACAAAUCCUUUAUUUGCCUUAGAACAUCCAACACAUACACACAUGCAUGCACACACAUACAGAUACACACACAAACAAAUGAGUAAAUGACUGAAGGAGGUCUAAAGAAUAAAAACUGCUGUGUCGCAACUCCAGGGAUUGUCAACACGCUGACAUUCCCUUUAAUCCGAGGACAGUAAUCAAAGCACAGCCGAUGAAGAUGACGCAUUUUCCCAUAAGGCCGUGUUCUUGACGUUUGUCUGCGACCUCUUCGGUGUAAUAGGAUCACCAUCGUGGAGUGUUGAGGUCUAAGUGAGGUCAUGAAGCAGUAGGAGUACAACAGACAGCUGUGACACCACUGAUUGGACAGACGCAGGUCUGGUCCUCUUUGAUGCAGGACAAACAUGCAUCAGAAUCUAUAAAAGAAAGAGGACCAGAGUCGAGAGCUCUGAAGUAAAAAAGUCUGAGCAGUGACAGCACAGGCUAUUACAAACAUUCAACCCUAAUUUUAAACCUGGUACCUGCAACAAGUUUUACAAAAAGAUGGGAAAGUUGUUUCCCAUUGCGAUGCAUUACCUUUUGUUUUAACAUAGCAGUGCAAACAAUUGGGAACUGAAGAGAGAACAGCUUCCAGAGAUCUAAAAGUGAGAUGUUGUCCCAUUCUUGCCUGUUAUAGCAUGAACUGUUCAAAUUCAAUCAGAUUUUGUUUAUAUUUCGCCAAUUCACAGCAGUUGUUAUCCCAAGACACUUUCCAAAGAAAAAGAGCAGGUCUAGACCACGCUCACUGUUUGUUAGAGUCAACUGUUAGAGACUUCUCUGUCAUUGUUUUUAUGCUCACACAGUCACAGCCUGGUGGUGGUAAACUACCAUGGUAGUCACAGCUGCCCUGGGGUAGACUGCCAAUCUGCGCCAAUGGCUCAUCUGACCCCCACCAGACAUCACUCACAAUCAUACACCAGUGGAAGACACACACUGGAAGAGUUACCAGCAUUUCAGUUAGCAAGUCAGAAAAAAGCAAAAUCGGUGGCAGAAACAAGAUGGCUACAUCUACGAAUGUUAUUUUAGCGCUUGCUUUGUCUGAAUAUAACAAGGACAAGGCAAGCGCUAAAAUAAUCGUCGUAGAUGUGGCCAUCUUAUCCUUUUUCUGACUUGGUAACUCAGGUGUGACGACAUUUUCAGCUCCAACAUCUGACUUCUGAGGUAACUCUAACGCAGCAUUAGUGUCUUCCCCAAGGACACAACGGACAGACUAGGGAUAGAACUUCCAACUUCCCAGUUGUUGGACGACUGCUCUAUCUCCUGAGCUAAUUCCACCCCAAUUAAGUCACCAUAGAGUCAUUUCAGUGUGUUUAUUUAAAAGAAAAAUAAUCUUUGAUGACAAAUAAAAGUUUGACAAAAAUGACAUGUUAAAAAAAAAAAAGCUUUG